AUGAGUGAGAUCCUAUCAGGGAAGAUGUCAGUACGUAGAUACCGUAAAUGCAAGAAACACCCUCAAGAUGAUGAGGAGUGCUUCUGUUCCGAAUGCAGGAGAUUCGCCUGCUUCAGGUGUGUUGUAAUGGAGCAUUCAAACGAAGGACAUCGAGUCAUCGACGCAGCUGUGUAUGAAAGCAGUCACAUGAAGAGUAUCGAGGACCUCAAAUCCAAGGCGGACAAGAAACGCGUUUGCUUUCAGAAAUACGUUGAUUUCAUCGACGAACAGAAGGAGCGUGUGAGCAAUGUUCAGAAGCAGUGUACAGAUGAUAUCAACAAAGCAUAUGAAGAAUCAGUCCGGCAGUUGACAGAGAAGAAAGAAAUCCUCAUUGGUGAAGUUAAGGGUACGACCGAAAGAGUAAAGAAAGAUCUGGAUGAAAUGAAGAAAUCGACUCAGGAGCACUUCACUCACUUGACCACCAUAGCUGAUGUGGUAACCAAUAGGACAAAGAUACCGUUAGAUAUGGAUGCUUUGGCUGCACAUGACAAUCUAUGUCAAGACUUGCAAGAGGCUUUAAAACAAGAAGAUCCUGACUACAAGCAGCCGAGGCAAUCGAGCAAGAAAGGAAAAAGUGUCAGUUUUAAAAGAAACGUUGGAUUGGACAAGUUAGCUCUUGGUAAGAUCGUAAAUGCAGUUGCAAACAACAUCGCUUUGCCUACUAAGAAUAGCAUGGAAGACAUGGUUGCUACACCAGACGGUAGGAUGGCAGUGGGAUGUAGUACAUGUGGCGUGGAGAUCUUCUCUGCUGAUGGUCAGCACCAGCAUACAGUUUUCAAAGACGUUAAGAUUCGUGCAGUAGGAUUUCUUUCUGAUGAUCGGUAUGUUAUACUUGAUUGCUCAAACAAUAUCACACUGUACACACUAGAGCAAACAAAUUUGACUGUAAUAUUUGAGACUCUGAGUCACGAUGAAGGUGGAUUUGCUAACCUUAUUGUAGACAGUGAUGAUCAGAUCUAUGUUAGCUACAGGAAAGGCAAAAAGAUCCAGGUAUUCUCACCAGCAGGUGGGAAGGCGAUCAGGGAGAUACCAUGUGAGGGGUAUGAACCUGAGAAGAUUACUAGUUAUAAUGAUUACAUGAUCAUCUCAUUUGGUAAUACAAUACGAUUGAUUGACAAACAAGGUGUUGUAAAAUAUGAAUUAGCAAAAUUAGGUGAUUUCCCAUACGCUGCUGUGUCUCAAUGGAAUACAAUCCUGAUAGCCUCGUUGAAUCACGAUGUAGGUUUGGUCAGCAUUGAUGAGUACACUAACGAGCUAAAGCAUGUCCAGAACAUCGUCGUUGAUUACAAGAUUGAGAAGCCCGAGAGAGAGUGGUACUGUCUCCAGCAGUACCGAUCAGGAGAGAUCGCUUUCUGCACCUCUGAUAGACUCUAUAUAUUCCACUGA